AGGGAAGGAGAGAGAGCGAGCGGAGGAGGACGGGGAGGGGAGCGACGAGCGAGGGCGGACUGGGUUGGAAGAAGUCACAGCAUCCAUCGAUCGACCGACACGAACGGAGUGCAGCGCAGCGUUUGUGGCGUGGCGCGUUUCCAGACGUGGUCGAGACAUCGGGCGACACUUGGCGACUUACCGCAGGGAAGAAGUCGCGUGAUGCUGAACUGACGAGCGAAAGAAAGCUCGAAGGUUGAGUGCGCUCGUCGUCUCGUCUCGUCUGGUCUGUAGGUCAAGUCGAAUUCGGGCCUCGGUUCGCAACUUUGGCGCUCGCCAAGAUCCGUGCUGGCAGAGAGACGAGCUUUUGGUUCUGUGCUGCGCGGCUCCGGAAGCGUGGAUGCUCGACGCCGUGUCGAGAUAGAUAUAGUGGAGGUGGUUUUGUGGAGUGCAGAGGAAGGAAUUUUUCCACAGCUUCGUCCUCGUCCUCGUCGUUGGUUUGCGCUUUUUCGCGCGUGUGGCGGACGAUUGAGUCGGCAUAUAAAUUUGGGCCGAUGAUGCCAAGCAGGAUGUGGAUGGUUUGCAUCGGCGGAUGUGCAGGCGGAAGGAGUCGAGAGGAUUCGAGUAGGACCUGCAGAGAUUACUGACUGGGUUUAUGUUCCGCAGAGUAGACGGUGCUCGGAAUCGGGUCGAAGAAAGAUGUGGGCCAAGUGUUCUGCGUGCGUGGACAAGAUUAUCAAUCCAUGGGGUAAACCCAAGGCGGUGCCUCUCUCAGCUCCGACUCCGGGCCCCUGGGUUCACAAAGUCCGCCUACCGGAACCUCUUCCCGAUUGGGCUCCCGGCACGGGAUUCGCGAAGAAGCGCCUGAACUUGGGAGAGCUGGAAAUCGAGCAAAUAACGGAAUUUGUGGAAAUCUGGAGGAGCGGCGAGGGCUUCGAGCAGGGCGCGACGUACUACCAGCCCGUCAUUCCCGACGGCUGCUACUACUUCGGCAGCUACGGCCAGCUCAAUCUUGGAUAUGGGGUGCGUUUGGGAUGGACGUUCGCCGUCUCUGGCUUCAUCAAGGGCGAUAAUCCGCCGCUCGCGUAUCCCUCCGACUACACGCUCCUCUGGAGCAGCACCGUUGCGGACGCGGAGCAGGAGUUGUUCGCCUACUUCUGGGAACCCGUUGCGCCCGCUGGGUACAAGCACCUCGGCUACCUGGUCACCACCAGCGCUGAGCGACCGCCGCUUAUAGGCGACCUGGUCUGCGUGAGAGAGGAUCAGACCGACACCUGUCAGCUCGACGAGCUCCUGUGGGACUCGUCCACCUUGUCCAAGGGUACCACGUUCUCCACCUGGACCACGAAGCCCUACCUGGUCGGCCCCGACGAGCUCGGCAUCGCAGUCAACACCGUCUACUGCGCCACCAAACUCACCAAGGAGGUGUUCCUGCCCGUGCGAUGCCUGAAGAAUGUCAACCGCGUGAUGACGGCCAUGCCCACGUACGAGCAGCUCGUGCAGAUCAUGCAGAAAUACGGCCCGACUGUCUACUUUCAUCCCAACGAGGAAUUUCUGCCCUCAUCGCCGAAUUGGUACUUCGAUCAAGGGGCGCUGCUCUACUCGAAGGCCUCGCCCAAGAGUCCCGUGCGAGUGGAAAAGGAUGGCGCCAAUUUGCCCGCCGGAGGCUCGAACGAUGAUGAGUUCUGGCUCGCGCUCCCGACCGAUGGCUCGGCCGAGAGAGUGAAGAAGGGCGAUCUCGCAUCCGCCAAGGGCCUGGUGCACGUCAAGCCCAUGUUCGGUGGCACGUUCACCGACAUGGCGUGCUGGAUUUUCUACACUUUCAACGGAUCCAGCACCGCCAAGGUGGGUCCUGUGAAGAACCUCUCUCUGGGCAGGAUCGGGGAGCAUGUUUGUGAUUGGGAGCAUUUUACGGUGCGGGUGGACAAUUUCUCGGGCGAAAUGCGUCGGCUGUACAUGGCCGCUCACGCCGCUGGCACGUGGUGGCACACUCACGAGAUUGAAUUUGUGCCUGGUACGAAUCGGGCCAUUGUGUACUCUGCCAGGAAUACGCAUGCCAUGUAUCCCCACGAAGGUGAGAACCUUCAGGGCGAUGGCAAGGUCGGGAUUGGGAUCCGCAACGACACGUCCAAGAGCAACAUUUUUCUCGACACGAGCGUCGACUUCGAAUUCAUCGCUGUGGACUACCGAGGAACGAAGAAAGCCGGAGAAACCAAGGAAGCCGGAGACGAUCAAUCUCAAACGGAUUUGUUUCCAGCUUCGCCUCCCUGGGUGGACUACAUGAGAGAAUGGGGCCCGAAGAUCGAGUACGACACUAAAACCGAGCUCGACAAAGUGCUCAAAUUUCUGCCCGCAUUAUUGAGAAACUCGGUGAGGUCUCUGUUGAAAAAGCUACCUGACGAACUAGGAGGCCAAGAGGGUCCCACUGGUCCCAAGGAAAAAGUCAGCUGGGCCGGCGAUGAGAGACUAUCAUAGACCGUACAUUUGUCUGUUUUAUAUUGUUGUUCUUCAGUAUUGUACUUAUUUGCCUCUUCAUGUUCUCCCACCUCUACCAUGUACCGAAGUUUAAAGGUAGAUCAGUCACCCGUAUAUGGAGAUAGAAAAAGAAUUUGAAGUGUACUCUAGUUUAAAAACACACCACCGACCUUCAUGAAAAUCCUCAAACGCUUGUCAUCCUAUCCGAUGACUCUCUGAUCAGGCACGAGCAUGCUUUUGUACCCAUUUUGAUUCGAUUUUGGCUCUCCGGGAAAAGAAAAGUAGUCAUGUAAAGUGACGCAGUACAAAUUGAGCACCGCAAAGGUUCGAGUGUAUUCUGCCUACCUAAACAUGUAUAUCUUGAUUUGGAUUGAC